UUUCUCACCAAUUUGAUUACAGUCAUGGUGUACAGAGCAACUGCUUUACGAGGGUUGGCCAACGCACAGAUGGUAUUUGGGGCUUUGAUGUUCGUCUUUGGAAUAACAAGUUUUUUCUUCACUACAGACUGGACUACGUACGUCGGUUUUGGCAUCUGGGUUGGCGUCUGGGUUUUUAUCACUGGAAUUUUGGGAUACGUCGGAGCAAGAGAUGAUUUCUACCCAGACAGGUGUUUGAUUGGAUGUUUUAUGGGUUUCUCCAUUAUGGGGUGUGUCCUCUCAGGACAAAUGGCCAUCUGCUAUAGCAUUACUCUUUUAGUCUACGCUGAAGUGAGGACACACUGUAACAACUACAACGAUUACGGUUAUGAUACCAACGAGGACUAUGAUUGCUAUGGGAGGUAUGGCCUUCGUAGAGCUACUGCGGAAAACUUGGCUGGUUUUGGCUCUUGUCUCCUUAUUUUGUCCUUGAUUGAGUUGGUCUUGGCCCUUGCGUCAUCCAUCUAUUGUUGCAAGGCAGUGUGUUGUAACUCAGUAGCAGUUGGGAACACAACAAGGACCAGCCAGCAAGAGGUGUAUGUACAGCCUCGGUACAUGAACCCAAGGACACAGCCUGGUGGGGUUUUAAUGCAGACUGAAGAUGGUGUGGUGGCACAGGGAUACCCAGCAACAGGCCAGCAACCUGCGUACGUCCUCCUGCAGCUUGGAGUGGUUGCACAGCCUGAAGUGAUUGUACAGCCUGGAGUUGUUGCACAGCCUCGAGUGGUUUCACAGCCUAGGGUGGAGUUUAAGCGACCCAAUUACCGGGCAACAUGAACCCAUACAUUCACUACAUGAAUCAGCAGUUACAUCUGAAGACCUUAGUAGAAUUAGGGCAUGCUGUAAAAGUUCUGUGUUCGUGAGCUCUUAUAGUAGAAGGGGAAAGGAAUAGGAACCAGGGGAAAGGAGUGGUUGGAGAGGACAAUAGGAUAAGGGAGGAGAGGGUGAAAC